CUACGAUCCCCUUCUUCACACACCAAUUCAGACACACACACACACCAAAAACACUCAGCAGCUUCUGUCGAGGCUUAACAUGUCAGUCUUGCCUCACUUUUGAUUCAAAAAGGAGGCACGGACACAGACGCACCACUCACAACAGGCGCAGACAUACGGGAAACUGCCACUGUAUCACAUACAGAUAAGACACCACAGAGGAACUGCAGAUCUGGGACCAGUUGGAAGGACAAAAUGGGAGUUUGGACGGCCCUCGUUCUGGCCUCGCAGCUGCUAUUAAAACUGUGCUUACACGUAGAAGCCCAGGCUUUGGUCUAUGAUCUGCUCACCUCGCCUGAUUGCCUGCCAGAUCUGCUGCAGGGGGGUCUGGCUGAGCAACGGGUGAAUGAGGCUUUCAUCCUCACCACCUUCAAGUUGCAGCCCAAGACCGGAACCGCUGUGUUUGGCCUCCACAACCCCCGGGACAACAGCAAGUACUUUGAGUUCACUGUGAUGGGGAAGCUCAACAGAGCUGUGUUACGUUACCUACGGAGUGACAAGAGGAUGAGCUCUGUUACCUUCAACAACCUGGUGUUGGCAGACGGCCAGCAGCACCGACUGUUGUUCCACCUGAAGGGGAUGCAGCAGCAGGGGCCAGGCGGGGUGGAGCUGCAUCUGGACUGCAGGCUGGUGGAGACAGUCCGGGAUCUGCCCGCCGCCUUCCAGGGUUUGCCAGCAGGAUAUGGUAUGGUGGAGCUAAAGACCAUGCAAGCCAGAGAUCAGGAGAGCUUAGAUGAGCUAAAACUGGUGGUUGGGGACUCAUUUGAGAAUGUUGCUUCAUUACAAGGCUGCCAUUUCCAGCAAAGAGACUCUGUUCAAACUCUGGGCGUCAACACAAAGCAGCUGUCCAAUCAAAUGCUGGAGUUAACGAAGGUGAUAAAUGAGCUGAAAGACGUCCUCAUUCAGCAGGUUAAAGAAACCUCCUUUCUCAGAAACACCAUAUCAGAGUGUCAAGCCUGCGGUCUGGGUGGUACUGAGGUGGUGAAGCCAAGGUGUGCUCCAGGCAUCUGUUUCCGUGACGAUAUGUGUAUAGAGACAGCAGAUGGUGUUGAAUGUGGGGCCUGUCCUGAUGGAUACACAGGAGAUGGUUUCAGCUGUGACGAUGUGGAUGAGUGCCAGUUUAACCCCUGCUUCCCUGGAGUGAAGUGCGUGAACACUGCCCCGGGCUUCCGCUGCGACGCCUGUCCUCUGGGCUACACCGGCCUGCCAGUGGAGGGAGUUGGCAUUUUGUACGCUCAGAACAACAAACAGGUCUGCGAUGACAUUGACGAAUGCAAAAAACCUGACAACGGAGGCUGCGCUGCAAACUCAGUCUGUCACAACUCUGUGGGCUCCUAUCACUGUGGCAGCUGUAAGACAGGAUUCACAGGAGAUCAGGUGAGGGGCUGUAAGCCAGAGAUCAGCUGUGGUAACAGUCUGACCAACCCCUGUGACAUCAACGCCCAGUGUAAUGUAGAAAGAGACGGCUUCGUCACCUGUCAGUGUGGAAUUGGCUGGGCCGGUAAUGGAUUUCUGUGCGGAAAGGACACUGACAUUGAUGGAUAUCCAGAUGAGAAACUUAAAUGCAAGGAUGCAAACUGCAGAAAGGAUAACUGCGUCUACGUUCCCAACUCCGGUCAAGAGGAUGCUGACAGGGAUGGUCAUGGAGACGCCUGUGACGACGAUGCAGAUGGUGAUGGGAUUCCAAACGAGCAGGACAACUGCUGGUUGAAGCCCAACCUGGACCAGAGAAACAGUGAUAAAGACAGCCACGGCGACGCCUGCGAUAACUGCCGCAUGGUGGAGAAUCCUGACCAGAGAGACACCGACGGCGAUGGCAAAGGGGACGCCUGUGAUGACGACAUGGAUGGAGAUGGUCUGAAGAACUUCCUGGACAACUGCCAGCGUGUCCAGAACAGAGACCAGCUGGACCGGGACGGAGACGGAGUGGGAGACGCCUGCGACAGCUGCCCCGACAUCCCCAACCCAAAUCAGUCUGAUGUAGAUAACGACCUGGUUGGAGACUCUUGCGACACGAACCAAGACAGCGAUGGUGAUGGUCACCAGGAUACCAAGGAUAAUUGCCCGCUCGUGAUCAAUAGCUCCCAGCUGGACACUGACAAAGACGGGCUGGGUGAUGAGUGUGACGAUGACGAUGACAAUGAUGGGAUCCCGGACAUUAUUCCACCUGGGCCAGAUAAUUGCCGGCUGGUUCCCAACCCCGACCAGACCGACGACAACAAUGAUGGUGUUGGAGAUGUGUGUGAGUCUGACUUUGACCAGGACAAAGUGAUUGACAGGAUCGACAACUGCCCCGAGAACGCCGAGGUUACCUUGACUGACUUCAGGGCCUAUCAGACGGUGGUGCUGGACCCUGAAGGCGACGCACAGAUCGACCCCAACUGGGUUGUUUUGAACCAGGGAAUGGAAAUUGUUCAGACCAUGAAUAGUGAUCCAGGACUUGCUGUUGGUUACACUGCUUUUAGUGGAGUGGACUUUGAGGGGACGUUUCACGUGAACACAGUCACCGAUGACGACUACGCCGGCUUCAUCUUCGGCUAUCAGGACUCAUCCUCCUUCUACGUGGUGAUGUGGAAGCAGACUGAGCAGACAUACUGGCAGGCAACACCUUUCAGAGCUGUGGCCGAGCCCGGCAUCCAGCUUAAGGCUGUGAAGUCUAGAUCAGGCCCUGGGGAGCAUCUAAGAAACUCGCUGUGGCACACAGGAGACACCAACGACCAGGUGCGUCUGCUGUGGAAGGAUCCAAGAAACGUGGGCUGGAAGGACAAGGUGUCCUACCGCUGGUACCUGCAGCACCGCCCACAGGUUGGAUACAUCAGAGCUCGAUUUUAUGAGGGAACUGAGCUGGUUGCAGACUCUGGUGUGACUAUCGACACGACUAUGAGAGGAGGACGACUCGGUGUGUUCUGUUUCUCACAAGAAAACAUCAUCUGGUCCAAUUUGAAAUACCGCUGCAAUGACACCAUCCCUGAGGAUUUCCAGGAGUUCAGCACUCAGCACGGCGCUGACUCACUCUGAAGCCGAGACAAAAAUAUGACACCAGAUCUACGGAGAAUGCGUCUGCGUGUGGGUGUCUGAGUUGCCGUAUGUGUGUGAAUGAGAAUGGGUGUUUAUUUGUGUGUGUCUGUGUAUCCAUGUGUACAGCCUCUGUGCAUACAUGACCGCAAUCUUUGUACUGUAUGUGAACUGUGUGAGCAUAUUAUCACGUCUGAUUCGUUUUCUCCACAUGUGCUUCUUGCGUAAUCAUCUCUUAAAGACUCUUUGAACCUGUUGUGCUCAAUAUUGUAAGUUGUGACGAAUUUUACCAAAUAAAAUGCUAAAAGUAAGCAAAAGAAACAUAAGAAAGAACAUAAUGCAGGCUGUGUUUUACACUGUAAUUUUGCUGCAUGAAUCACACAUCGCUACAACAGAGUCAUGUUCCAACUGAUACUUAAAAGUAGAAAGAAAACAAGACGGGAGGAUUAAAUUAAACUCUUUUUUGUACGUGCUGGGCCCUUUCAAAUUACAGUACUGUGUAACAAAGGCACUUCAUGUGUAAGUUAAACAUGAUUUACCGUUUACGAAUUACAGCUUAGCCACAUAUGAGACACUUACAUCUAUGUCGUAUUAUUAUUAUAAGACUUUAUUAUGUUACAGUCACCUUCAGGUGCCGCUAGAAGUCAUCCAUAGCCAUUUUUUUUCUGCUGCAGCAUACCUGUCUGCUACCAUUUUGAAAAAUAUGGACCCAUUUCUCACAGUCUCCUUAUUCCAAAUGUGGCAAAUGAAGUAGAAGACAUGAUAAUGAGUCCCCGCGGCUGUUUCUGAGCUCCCCUCAGUUUUACCGUAGUCUCUCCUACACACUGCAGUCACAUUUAUUACUGAGUGACAACGAGCAUUUUAUGUGUUUAGGCUGUUGGAAGGUAAGAAAAAGAUGUUUAGUUCCAUUUUUCUAAAACUUAAGGUGCGUUGCAGAGUAAUGUCCCUACUCAGUAUGUCAAAAUAUUCAGUAUAUUUCAUUCUUCCUGUCCAGUGAUCACCACAUUUUCUGUCUGUAUUCUAAGUGUUGCUUGAAGCACAUCAGUAUUUUAUUAAUCCCUGAGUAAUACAAUGAAACUACCCAGUAAAUUAAAGUCUGUGUUGUAAAUUGUCUCCAAACAUUUAGCACAAAUUGUGAAUGUUAUACUUACAAUGCCAUCGUGCCUGUCAUUUUAACCUGUAGUUUCCCACAUGUCUGCUUUUUUUAAUUUCAUUUUUUUACAUUAUAAAUCUGUCAUGUUCAAAUUAAAGGGCACAUCCUGAUAAAAAUAUUAGUUAGUUAUGUAGUUCUCGUCAUAAAUGGGUCGCAUUGUGUCAGCGUUUUGUUUAUUAGCUUGGCAUUUUGGAUGAACAGGCCAAGAUUCCGAUUUCAGAUUCUGCCUCGUCUCAUUUACUAUAGAAGGUUAACUUAAAACUCAGCGUAACAUUGUCUUCUCUUUCCAUCAUUUGAGCCUGAAGAUCUUGAUCAUUUCAUAUGUGUGUAGUCAUGAACCUGGUCUGAAUAAAGGGCUUUAAAAUACAUUAAAA